AUGGCGCUGGUGCGUGUCUACCCAACCGCCACAAGCACCACCCUUGGUCUUGCUUCAACACUUUCCUUUAGAACCAAAUUCAUGGUUCGGAGCUCUAACCUUCAACUCAAUCUGCAACCCAGUGACUCACGCAAGUUAGUUCUGGAAGUUAAGGAGAAACUUGAAAAAGAACAACAUACUCUUCCUAUUGGUAGAAAUGGUAGGGAUGAUGAAGAUAUGAUACUAUGGUUUCUUAAAGAUCGCAAAUUUUCUGUUGAAGAAGCUGUUUCUAAGUUGACUAAAGCCAUUAAAUGGCGUCAAGAUUUUGAGGUCUCUAAAUUGACUGAAGAAUCUGUUAAACGUGUUGUUCAAACUGGAAAAGCAUAUAUACAUGACUUUCUAGAUAUCAAUCACAGACCCGUGCUUAUCGUCGUUGCGGCAAAGCAUUUUCCUAAAGCACAGGACCCUGCUGAUGAUGAGAGGUUGUGUGUUUUCUUAAUUGAGAAGGCAUUGAGUAAGCUUCCACCUGGGGAAGAACAAAUACUUGGAAUAUUUGAUCUGAGAGGUUUUGGUACAGAAAAUGCUGAUCUUAGAUACUUGACAUUUUUGUUUGACGUGUUCUAUUGUUACUAUCCGAAGCGAUUAUCUCAAGUAUUGUUUGUGGAUGCUCCUUUUGUGUUUAAACCAAUUUGGCAGCUUACCAAGCCGUUGUUAAAAUCAUAUGCUUCUCUGGUAAGAUUUUGCUCUGCAGAGACUGUGAGGAAGGAAUAUUUCACCGAUGAAACUUUACCACCAAACUUCAGAGGUUAA